GGAGAAGGAUCUGCGGCGGGGCGGCUCGGGCGAACGGACUAACUACUAGGGCACAGAGAGGGUGAAGGGUUUUUCUGCGUACGGAUUGGUUGAUUGGUUUUAUUGUACGGCGCUUCUUUGCACUCCGAAUUAUCCGUCGUGGCUUCGGUGGAGCUGCUGCGCGCGACUCCUUGGCUACUUUUCCCUGGUUAUACUAAGUUAGGGAGCUGCUCUCUAUGGAGUAAGCCCGUCAAACUCGGCGAGAUAUACUCCCCGAAAGGUGAAUUCUAGGAUUAAAACAGUAGCAGUACAAAAGGAGAAAUGGAGGAAAAAAGGGCUGCAGUUUGUUGAGACUCGAUCGGCUUAAAAGAAGAAAUCCCGGAUUCGAGGGUUUUUACUGUUUUGUUGCAGCGGAGCCAAAGACAGAGAAUUUUUAUGGUGCAGAUGGAGCAAGAUUGAUGAUCAGACAGUCAAGGCGGACAACAUAAGACCCCUAUCAUUUACACAAGUUUAUAAGAAAACAGUUAAGUUCUACUGAAUGCAGGACUGUCCACAAAUUUGCAGAGACAAAAGAACAGCAAAGAAUACCUUAUUUUUUUUUCCAGUUGAAUGGAGAACACUAGAAUGAGUAAGAACAUUAUUGGAUGCUUCCAGAAUCUAUCCUGUGAAUUCUGUCAACGGGCUGAUGACUGUCCUGAAAAAUAUGGGGAAAAAAGGACCUUUGAGGACUGUAAUCUCACUGUUCAUUAUUACUGUGUAUUAAUGUCAAGUGGGAUUUGGCAGAGAGGUGAAGAUGAAGAAGGCUUUUAUGGUUUUUUACCUGAAGAUAUCCAAAAAGAAAUUAAUCGAGCUGCAAGACUGAAAUGUGCUAUCUGUAAGAAAAAAGGUGCUUCAAUUGGUUGUAUAGCAUCCAGAUGCAAACGAAGCUACCAUUUUCCUUGUGGAAUAGAGAAAGGAUGCAUUUUCCAAUUCAGAGAAACCUUUCCGUCAUAUUGUUGGAAGCACCGACCCACUCAAAAACGUCCUUCUAAUUGUAAAGGAUCAUCACAAUGUACAAUAUGUUUGGAGUUGGUUGAACAAUCACCUACAUACAACAUUUUGACAAGUCCAUGCUGUAAAAAUGCUUGGUUUCAUAGGGAAUGCUUGCAGUGUCAAGCUCUCAGUGCAGGGGUAUAUUUCUAUCGAUGUCCUGUAUGUAAUAAUAAAGAAAAAUUUCAGAACGAAAUGUUAAGAAUGGGUAUCCACGUUCCAGAAAAAGAUGCCUCCUGGGAACUAGAACAGAACGCCUAUCAAGAACUUCUUCAACGUUACCAACAUUGUGAUAUUAAAAGAUGUCUUUGCAAAAAUGGAAGAGACUACAAUGAGCCUGAUAGCAAAUGGGAAAUAAAACGCUGUCAAUAUUGUGGUUCGAGUGGAACUCAUUUGGCAUGUUCCUCACUAACAAGCGUGGAGCUAAACUGGGAAUGCAUUGAAUGUAGGACCAUCCUUGCCAAAUCAAAUGGAAGUACUCAGAAAUGGCGAAAGCGUUCUUUGAGUAUGCCAGAAAAAGCAGAUGGAGACAAUCUGAUGGAAGAUCCAUCACCCAAAUGCCCUAGACAGUCUCCAGGAUCCCAUCUUGGAAUCCAUAUCAGGUCCCCAAAGAUGGUGUGCUCCAAUGGUUUAACUCCGUGUUCCCAACUUGAUCUCCCCUCUUCUAAUAACAGAUUUUUAUCCCCAUCUGCCUUCAUCAGUCCUUCAGUAAGGAAUUUGUCUUUAAAAAAAAUGCAACUUGGAAUGCAGAAAAGAGAAGUCUCCAAAAUUUUGAGGGAAUUAAGAUUACAGAUUAAUUCCAAACCAACAAGACUGAAUAUCAUCAGACAAAAUAUCUGGGGUAGUGCUCUAAAAGGAUUUCAGAAGCGGAACUUCAAUCCUGCUAACACUAUUGAAGUAAAGUAUAUAAACUGCAGGAAUAAAACAGAAGUGGAUCUCUGUUGCUCAUCAAAGGAAGAUUUUUUUCAAUUGCUGAUGCUUCAUCUUCAGAAUUCAUCAUUAUUUGAAGGGGACCACUCAAAGAAUUUGUCUUUUGAUUCUCAAGCUCUUAAAGAUAAUUUAUACUAUGAAGCAGGAAAAAUGAUUGCAGUUUCUCUGGUUCAUGGAGGCUCAUCUCCUAGCUUCUUUUCUAAAACCUUGUUUCACUGCCUCGUCUAUGGCACAGAGAAUGUGAAGCCAACAAUAGAAGACGUUGCUGAUAUAGGCGUUUUACAAGCAAUAGAGAAGAUAAAAUCUGCCAGAACACUGAGCAACUUAGAAUCAGCAAUAAGUGAUUGCUCUGACUAUCUUGCUUCUAUUGGAUGUUUAAAACCUGUAACAGCACUACGUGAUAAGAACAUAUUGGUGAAUGAGAUUCUGAAUCACCAUGUCAUCAAAAGAACUCUUUUACCAUUUGAAAGCUUUAGACAAGGUUUGAAAACACUUGGUGUUUUGGAAAAAAUACAAAUGAAUCCCGAUGCAUUCUGUAGCAUAUUAUGUCACAAACCCGAGAAACUUUCAGCAAAACUUCUUGGUGAUCUCUUUACAAUUCAAUGUACAUCAGGAGCAGACAAGGCCAGAUGCCUUGAUUUCUGGAUGGGUUACUUACAGGAGACAGAAGGUGGUGAGUCAUCUGUAACUCUAGAGGAUAUUUUAGUAUUUGCAACUGGCAUCCGCAGUAUUCCACCCAUUGGCUUUGAACCUGAUCCUUCAGUUAUGUUUCUGCAUAUAAAAUAUCCCAUCGGAAAGAGAGACCUUAACUGUUUACAGCUUCCAAUAACAAAAUCUUAUGAGAAUUUUAAAAAAGUUCUGGAUAUUGCCAUCCAACGUGCCCUAUUACAGUCAAGAGUUUGUUAGUUGCUACAAUGGAUACUGAAAACUGAAUGAUGAAGCACACAAGAAGCUUGCUACUUGCCUACUGGAAAACAGACAUUCAUCCUCACAGGUUUAAAACUUGAUCAUGGAAAUGCAUAAUUUCAGUCUUUACAUUUUGAACAGUGCUUCAAAAUGAUGAGCAAACAAAGCUUUUAAAUCAAUUUUGCAUUACAUUUGUUCUGGGUUUUGUUUGUUUUUUGGCCAAACCAGCAAGUAACUGGUGGUUUGAGAUUGUGGUGUACCUCUUUUUUAUAUCAUAAAUGUUACACAUCAAAACCUCUGCAUUCAGGAACCCUUUCCAAAUUGUAAUAUAUCAACUUUUAUAUAUUGUCUUUUUGUGUAAAGAUUUGAAGCAUGGGUUUAUUUAUGUGGAUUCCUGAUUCAGGAAAUGUUAAUUUCACACACAGACUCCUUUAAAGCAUUCUAGCUCUUAAUUGUAAAUAUGAAAAAACCCCUAAAGAUUACCUCAUGUUAUCUUCUCUUAAAUAUUCAUAAUGCCUUGAACAUUUGUGGGAUUAUGCCCAAAUAAUUGUGUUUCCGUUCUGUAAUCAUUCUAUUUUUUUAAAAAAAAGGUUUGAAUAUAAAAGGAUUUUUAAAAACUGCAUUGUAGGAAUUUUGUAGUCAGAAAAGCUAUAAUUGGUGUCAGAUGUGUUUGUUAACUCAGUUUCGUUAUUUCAGAUAGAGAUGGAAAUAUGUUUGGACAUAGAGUGCUUUAUCCUUGAAAUAACAGUUCUACCCUUGCCCGAGGAGUUCUAGCAUUAUUCUGACUAUAUUGGAAGAGGUCUAAACUUCAAUCUGUUUUAACUAAAGCAGCUAUUUCAAACCUGGAAUAGGUUGUUUCAUUCUGAAACUAUCUUCUAUAAGACUAUGCAUACUAUAGAAAAUGUAUGUAGAUGUUUUAAGAACUAUCCUCACAUUUAUGCAAAUUGAAGCAAAUAUCAUUUGAUUUAAAUUAGACUUUUAGAAGAAGGGUGAGAUGAAUUAGCUUUAUAUAUGUCCUAGAAAUACCAAAGUUAGAAAUGGCAUUCCCUACUCGGUACUUAACUAGAAAAAUUAUGCAUUUGAUUUCAUUUUUCUAAAAUCUGUUCUAUUGGAUGCAUUAUAGAUACACCAUGUAGAGUAUUAAAUCUUAUGAAAUAGGUGAUGAAAUAAUUUAUGCACACAUAACAUUUUCAUAUACAUGUAUGGAUACACCAACCGCUUUAAUUCAAAUUGAUAUGACAUUACUUUUACUAAAAGGAGAAAAAAGCAAAUUUAUGUUUUCCCCUGGACCACAUUUUCCUCUUGGUUUUGUUGGGUUGUGCUGAGCUGAAAGAUUAAUCACAGUAGUUUAUCAUUUAAAAGUAAUUUCUGUCAUCACUUAUUAAAUUGCACAAUAAAAACUACUGGAGCUUAUCCAUGCUACUCUAAAUUGUUUGAAUUUCAAUUAUUGAACGUUAAUUGUGUGGGUGAAAAGUAUACAGUGUACACUAUACUGAAAUGUUAGGCAAAAUAUAUAUCAGAAUAUAGUAAUAAGGCUACUUCGUUAGUAGAGUUUCUUCCUUGGCAAGCAUAUUAGUGAUUUGAAAUAAAGCUUACGGUAGGUAUAUGAUAUGUAUUUCAACAACUUAAAUUCAUCGGUAGAGAUGAAUUAUGGAGCAUUAUGGAGUUAAUAUUUCAGCAGAAUGGAUGGAAUGUUUCUACUCCCACAGUUUCUAACUGCAAAUUUCAAUUUCUCAUAUUAAAGAAUUAAAAAAUGUGUCUGAAAGGGAACAUUUAUUUCCUGGCUUUUAGAAUUCUACUUGUACUUAGAUCUGAAGAUUCUCUUAUUUCAGUCUUAUACAUACAAAUUUCAGUCCUCUUCUGUAAACAAGCAGUUUGGUGGGCCUUAUUUUUGGUGUGAUUGCGAUAAUAUUUCAUUCAAAUUCUUUCCUCAGUGUGAAUUAAUUAAAUUCUGGCUACCGAGCCAGACAAAGCUUGUGGAUCAAUGACAGAAAGUAUAUUACAAGUUUACUGAUUUACAAGUAGUCCUCAGCUUAGGACAAUAAUUGGUGCUGGAAUUUCCACUGCUAAGAUGUAAAGCACAACUGCAUUGCUUAGUAAAGACAAUUCCUGAAGUCCUGGUUCUUAUUAAAUGAAUCCCACAAUUGUUAGAUGAGGUAACUCCCUGGCAGCUUCCUACAACCAAAGGGAAAGCGCAAGUCCCAAACUGGCAGGAAGGUAAGUAGCUGCUGCCAGGUGGGAAAGGGUCCACGAGAGGUGCUGUGCAGGGUUGGGUGUGGGAUGAUGCAAUGACUUACUCCAACAACUUGCAACCUUCCCUGCAGCUUUCCCAUUGACUUUUGAUCACAGGAUUGCAAGUGCUCAGAUUACAAUCAUGUUACUGCAGGAUUGCUGAGAUAGCCAAAGUUCCAAGGAUCAGUCAUUUGUGCAAGAUCAGUGUAACUGAACAGUUGCUGAACAAAUGGCUACUAGUUGAGGAUUGCUUGUAUGUGGUAUUUUGUAAUUUUUUUUUAAUGGUUAUACAUACUUUGGAAUACACAAAUACUAUGCUUAUGUAAAUACCUUGGAGGUAAUUUUUUAAUAUACUUUUUCCCCUUCCAUUCAAUUAUGUUGGAUUCUCAGAGACUAUCUGGACAAAUCCCUGCAGGGUCAUCGUCCGCCCCAGAGGAUUUUCACUAUUUUCCAUUGCCUAUUUCCUAGGGCUGAGAAAAGGUGACUAACCCAUUGUUACCCAGCCCAAGGCAGAACUAGAACACAUAGUCUUAUAUGUGUUGCCUAGGUGGUGUUUCAUGUUAAUAUAGGGUUAUUUACAUUUUCAUUUGAAAAGUUGAGAUUUUUUUAUCUUGGCAUUUUUGCAGAAAUUUGACAGAUAUAGUUUACUACUUUGGGGUUUAUUGAUUUCCACUGAGGUUUUGAUUGUAUGCUAGAAUUAAUUAGAAUAUUUUAAUUUAGUUUUGCAGUGGAAUUAAUGUAAAUUUACAAAAUUCAAUUUGAUGUUUAAGCAGUAUGUGUGACAAUUGAAAAGGGAAACUUUCUGGGGGGGUGAUUAAAUAAUUCUUGCAUACUACUUAGAAAAAUUGCUUAUAAACAUUUCAGAAACAUUUUCAGAAGUAAAGGUUGGCAAUUCUCACAUUUCAUAUCUUUAUAAAUGUUUUACAGGAUAUACAGAUAGCUGUAGACAAUUUUCAGUGAACUUUAUACUUUCAUUAUUUUGUCACAUACAAAUAGCCUUUUGGUGUGAGUGAAUAACAUAUGGUUAUAUAUGUAGUUUUUUUAAGACCUUUCAACGUGACUAAUGAGAAAUUACAGCUUUUUGAAUCACAAAUCGCCAUGCCUUUACUAGAACAUGUUUUAAUGUGCUUUUCAAUAUUCAUGUGAUUUAAAGGAAGAUAUAUUUGCAAAAUAUCUUACAAAUGUAUAGAAUUUGUAGUUUUGCUCCUGGUCAUGCUUUUUCUACAUAAGGAUCAUAUUUUGCCUAAUUUCUGAUUGGUUCUAGUGGAAACAAGGUAGUAAUAUAAAUCAGAACUAUCAAUAAUGCUAGCAUAUGUAUGGGUAUGGUGAUGAAAAAACAAUUUUUGUUUUAUUAUUGCUUCAGUCACAUUAUUUUACAGUGAAAUUUCUGCAAUAUCAUCCUAUUUCUUUGUAACAGUCAUAAUAUAUAAAUAUUGAGAUUCCCUUUGUUGCCCAGAGUCAAUGGUGCUUAUGUGUCAUGAUUGAUAGGAUGUUUUUCUUAUUAUCCAUUUUUUGCCCUUACCAUGUGAUUAUAGCAGUUUAUGGGAAUGGACUGUAAGGAAAUAAGAGAUGCCUUAAUCAUCUCUCAAUGUAAUUUAUCUGUACAGAGUAUCACACAUUCUUCCAAUUAUUAUAGUACUUGAAUUUGAACUUUGCUAGACUGUAUAAUACACUAUCUACUGAUUACAACAGAGAAGUAAGAAACACUGUACAUUAAUCGGAUUUAUAUAUGUGUGUCAGUCCAGGGCAACAGUAUUCCUUUUGAGCUCAGGUACUUGAAAUAAGAUUCAAGAAUUCACUAUUUCUUCUAACACAAGUAUCUUUUGAGAAAAAUACAUGUGAAAAAGGAAAUACGUACUAUUGAAAGAUGAAACUUAGCAUUAAGAAAAAGUGGAAUAUAAAUCUUGUAUAUAAGGUUACACAUUUGUAAAUUAUGGUUUAUGUAAAACUAUUAUUUCAAGAAGCCUUUUGUAACUUUCAAUGUCUUUUGUACUUUGCUUUUAAGUUACUUGUAGAAAUAUAUGGAACUAUCUUGUGUGUGUAUACAUGUAAAGUGCAAUAAAUCAAGGAUUUCUAGUUAAAAGUGUUACAUGUUUAUUUCUU